UGCAUAGUUUCGGUGCCUUUAGCCUUCCAAAUCAGUUUUCUUGGACAAAGUUGCUUUUAGGAUCUUCUAAAAUAACUAGCAAAUAAUAUAUAACCAUGAACGCACCACCAACAUUCGAAUCCUUCCUUUUAUACGAAGGAGAACAAAAAGUUCAAAAAGAAGAGGACACGAAGGUAACAAAUGCCGCAAUAUUUACUGUCAACAAAGAGGAUCAUACGCUUGGAAACAUGAUUAGACAUCAACUCUUGAAAGACCCAAAAGUGCUGUUUGCGGGUUACAAGGUGCCCCAUCCCCUGGAGCACAAGUUUGUGCUGCGCAUCCAGACCACCUCCGACUACACGCCACAGGAGGCCUUCAUGAACGCCAUCACUGACCUUACAUCAGAACUGUCUUUAUUUGAAGAGAGAUUUAAAGAAGCCAUUAAGGAGAAGAAGGAUGGAUUAGAUUAAAAAUAUAGGACUUAAAAUCUUUUAUACAUAUUGUAAGUUUUAAAUAUAUCUCAUGAAUUAAGAAA